GCACAAUCAACGAACGACACGCAGCAGGAAUCACCCGGGGAAGGGUUUUGAUCUGCGAGGAGAAGAGGGUGAAGAGGGAAGGGCAUUAACACGCUAAAAGGUUUGAGGAGUGAGAGUGAGCGAGUGAGAUGGGGAGGUUACUCUUCAAUGAACGCAGACGCUUCUGUUCCCUCGAUGGUCAGUCAGAUCCACUUAAUGAAGCAAGCAGCGGAGAGGAGAGCCGAUACUGAUUAUUCUUCUGUCUGUCUGUCCGCCCGUUUGUCUGUGUGUGUGUCAGCGGAUUGUGUGUUCACCUCGGUAGCCACUCUUUUCGGCCUUGCGCUGAUUGUCAUUGCCAUUGUGCAAGGUGCGCUCUCAUACAGACUAUCCGCCCUUUCCUCUCACGGCAUCAACAUACCUCGUGCCUGCCUUCCAUUCUGUGUGUGGUGUGUGUGUGUCAGUGCCGUUGUCGCCGGCGCCAUGGGGCAUCUACCACAUGUGUUUCCUUGCUGUCGGCGGCCUGUUGUGCCUCACGGUGUGCAUAUCGUCGGUCAAGCACGCCGAGCUGACGCCCACGGUCCUGGCGAUAUACGCCUGCAUCAACACGGGCCAGAUGCUCGGGUGGCUCAUUCUCUUGCUCAUGGACCUCGACAACAACAAUGAGCACGAGGUGGGCUCGGGUGGGGCUUGCCAUCCCAUCUGACACACACAGACGGGCGCAUCGACGGCAGCACUCGUGCGUGUGUUUUUGGGACAUUCAGGUGCACAAGGACGAUGUGAUCUACUAUGGGGUGGCGGCCUUCUGCCUCGGCGUCUUGAGUCUGUGGACAAAGGUGGCCUACAAGCAGGAGGACGACGCAGUGUCGAUGAGGCAGCUCCAGGCGGCCAACGUCAGAGGGCCCUGCUGCCUGGCCUUCUUCAACUUCUAUGUGGCCGUGUGCGGCAUCUGGCUGUGGAUGAUGGCCGUGCCCACCAUCAACGAGACCGACCUCACCCACAACGCACCCGUGGCUGUGUACGAGCACAUCGUCACGGGGGUGCUGCUGUUCGGCUCGUCGCUGCUCGCUCUGACGCUGCUCUUCAAGUCCUGGGCCGUCCACUGCUGCUCCACCUUCUUCCUACUCCUCUGGAGCGUUGCACUCGCCGUCUUCGCCCUGCUCACAGGUACCUACCUGCAGACAGACAGACGCAUGAGCGAGCAGAGCACCCAACCCAGAGAGAGCACCCAACUCAGAGAGAGGGAGCGAGCCAACCCUCUCUCUCUCUGCCUCUCUCUGUCCAUCCAUCCGUCCAUCCCUCAGGUGUGAACUUCGGCAUUGAGGGUCCCAACAUGUUCCGGUAUCGGUCGCCCGACGGUCCCGACAAAUACGCGACGUGGACGUACGUCCUGUCGUCGGUGCCGCUGUUCCUCUGCUUCCUCUUCCAACUCUGCCUCGUCAAGCGCCGCCCACAGCCGUGCGACGACAUCAAACUCACCUCUAACAUGGACCGCGGACCACGGGGGAGGGGGAGGGGGAGAGGGCGGCGGGAGUCUUAUGUGAUGAGCGAGCCAGACAACGGGUAUGGUGGCUACGACGUGAACGGGGCCAACGUCUAUGGCAAGAGAAUGGACUUCGUCUGAUCAGAUCUGAUUGAGGGGGGUGCCAUGGGGGGGAGGGUGAGGAGAGGGGCAUGUGGUUGGUUGGUUUGUGUUUUGGUUGUGCACACUUUGGUUGUGUGGCGUUUUUGGGGGGAAUGAGCUGGGUCGGGUGUGGGGUGGGGUGAUGCACCCAUUCAUUGCAAUAUGUGUUGGUUUUGAUAUGGCUGCCAGGCUUGUCUGUCGGUCGUUGCAUUAUCUGUGAGGGUGGAGCGGAGCCUGCUGAAGGCUGUUCUGUCUGAUGCAUGUGGGUGUGCUCGUGCGUGUGGGGGAGGGGAGAGGAGGUGUUGUGUCUAUCAGCCGCCCAUGUGGUGCUCGGCUGACUAUCGCUGGCUUGUGUGUGCCGAUCGGCAACGGCUUGUGUGGUGUGUGCCGAUUGGCAAGAGGGAAGCAACAGGUACUUGUCAGUCUUUUUUCACAGUGCCUGCCCUGCCGGCCCGACACCCGCCCUCUCUCUCUCUCGCUCUCCCUCUUUCUCUCUCCCUCUCCCUCUCUGCCUGCCUGUAUGUGCGCGCCCAUCCUCCCUCCCUUCGUUUCUUGUGGCCUUCCUGUUUUGUGUCACUUUGUGUCUGUCUGUCAGCCGGUCAGCCGGUCAGCUUAUUCAAGGGUGAGGGUGGGCGGCCGGUGUGAGAGAUCGCUUUACUAGUAGAUCCUGCCUGCCUGCCUGCCUGUCAGACAGCCGCACACACACCUGUGCCGCACGAACGUGUGUGCCGGCGUGCGUGUGGGUGUCUAUGACUGACUGCCCGACGUGUGGGGAUGGGGAGGCGGUGGUGGUGUGCCCAGCUAGCUAGCUAGCUAGCUACUGACUACACGCAGUCCCGGACGGACGCAUGCCAUGCUAUGCGUAUUUAUUUGUGUGAUCAAUGGAUGGACGGACGGACGGACGGACAGACGGAUGGGCGAGUGGGUUGCAAUGAGACAGGUUGAGGUGCUUUAGGGUCUCGGCCUGACAUUGAUUGCGAUCAUUGCGUGGUGUGGUGUGGUGUGGGGCUGUGUCUGACAUUGUAUCAACAAACAUCGGUGAGAAGGUAG